AUGGAGUGGGGACCACCUAGGGUAAAUGAUAAACUAAUGAGGUUCUUUGAUCAUUGUGAAAAGUUUCUAGUGGAGGUGGAAAAGAAUGAUUCAGCUCUUUAUCAUGUAGAAGCCUUCAAAAAUGGACCAGAAAUGCAGAAAAUUAUAAAGAAAGUUGCAGCUAUUUUGCAGGUGCCAGUAAGUGAUUUAAAUGCAGAUUUAAUCCAAGUUGCUUUUUUUUUUUCCUGCUCAUUUGACUUGUCUAUUAGAGACAUUCAGUCUCCCUGGUGUGAUGUCUUUGACACAGAAGAUGCUAAGGUACUGGAAUACCUCAAUGACCUGAAGCAGUAUUGGAAAAGAGGGCAUGGCUAUGCAAUCAACAGCUGGUCCAGCUGUACCCUGUUUAACGACAUAUUUCGGCAUUUGGAUGAAGCUGUGGAACAGAGACAAAAGUCUCAGCCCGUCUCUUCUCCGGCCAUCUUCCACUUUGGCCACACCGAGAUGCUGCUGUCGCUGCUUUCUUUCAUGGGCUAUUUUAAGGACAAGGAGCCCCUGACCGCUUACAACUACAAGGAGCAAAUGCACCGCCAGUUCCGGAGUGGCCACAUCGUGCCCUACGUGUCCAACCUCAUCUUCGUGCUGUACCAUUGCGAUUGGGCCCAGACACCCGCCAGGCAGUACCAGGUGCAGCUGCUGCCUUCCGUUCACUCGCUGGAGACCGUGACGGCCUAUCAGGACCUGAAGGACCACUACAGGGACAUCUUGCAGAGCUGCCGCACGGACUAA